CGCUAGGAGUGGUCUGUCCAAAAACGACACUCCUCCGUGUUCUCACACUAGUAACUACAAUAUCUGCGCGACAGGAGACGUCGGAGAGGGUGGGCGUAGGGACGAACUCCUCCGAUGUUUAGGACUAUAUUUCUUUCAAGACCGUUUACCUUUUUUUUUAAACACAUUGUAAAUCAGAAACUGUAUUUGAAAUUAGUAUGUACGGCUCUCAAAAUAGACUUCCGACAAUGAGUCGGAGGACUAAUUCUCGACCAGACCUGACAAGCGGCACUCAGUUCGUCGUUGGUGGAAACAGCUAUCAACAGGAAUAUGGAGACGGAUACAACUAUUCACAAACUUUCUCCAAAACGUCCAUGGGGGGAGGUGGUGGAGGCUACGGAGGGGGACUUGGAGGGGGGGCAAGUGUGCAGAGCAUCCAACACAAAGCUUCCUUCCUGCAAAGCCAGUGUCAUGAGUACCUGCAGAGAGUACAGCAGAUUCUCCAGGCAGGUGGUCCAGCGGGGGAGGUGGACAAGCUAAUGAGUAUGUCUUCUGAGGCCAUAGACCAGCUGAAGGGAUGUGCCAUGGAGCUGCAGCACAUGAAACAACCCAAAGACAACAUCAUCAAGAGCAUACAGCAUCUCCAGAACAUGCAGAGUGGGAUCACCUCCUCCAUCACUGGCUCGACCCAGAGGAAGAGCAGGGGCAGCAUUGGCUGGGAAGAGAGGGGGAGGACCUACACUGAUGCCAUGUCUUGGAUCGGCCAACAGAAGCGUCUGAUCGAGACGUCUCCGUGGGGUGAGGACGCAGCCGCCAUCGAGCAACAGAUCCUGAACCAGAACAAGUUCCACAGCUCUAUACAGAGGAGCCAAGAGGUGGAACGUGCCAGAGAUGAGCUGGCCCAAAAUGAUGACAAGGGUGGCCUUCAUUCCCUACAGCAAGAAUGGGACAGUCUUCAGAAAAUGUCAUUUGCUCGUACGGGCCAGCUGAGAGAGCUGCAGAACAUGAUCGAGGAGAUCUCCAGGGCCAUCAUGUGGGUCAACGAGAGAGAGGAGGAGGAGCUGGUGUUCAACUGGGGAGACAAGAACAUCGACGUCUACAUCCCCAAGAAACAGGAAAGCUACUCCAAACUGAUGAGUGCCCUGGAGGUAAAGGAGAAGGAGCUAAACAAACUGAAGCAAAAAGUCGAUGGCCUCCUGAAGAACAAUCACCCAGCCUCAGACAAGAUCGAGGCCUACAUGGACACUCUGCAGACCCAGUGGAGCUGGCUCCUCCAGAUCACCAAGUGUAUUCAUGUCCAUCUGAAGGAGAACGCUGCCUACAGUCAGUUCUUCAAGGAGGCCAAUGAGACCUACAGCAAGCUGCAGAAGGAGCAUGAGAACAUCCGUAAGAAGUUCACCUGUGAUAAAGGAACAUCUCUGGAGAACCUCACUGAGCUCCUCAGGAACCUUGAGAGAGAGAAGGAGACGAUCAUGGAGAAUAAGAGGCAGGUCAAAAACCUGGUCAACAAGUCCAAGAGCAUCGUGAGGCUGAGACCACGUAACCCUGAGGAGAAGAGUAGUAGUCCUAGUCCUGUUAUAGUACAGGCCCUGUGUGACUUCAAGCAAGACCAGAAAGGGAUCUUCAAGGGGGACGAGGGCAUCCUGACGGACAACACCCAGCGCAGUAAGUGGCACGUGACGGGUCCUGGAGGUCUGGACAUGCUGAUCCCAUCUGUGUGCCUCCUCAUCCCCCCUCCCAACCCCCUCAGCAUUGGACUGGCCAACAAGAAUGAGCAGUACUACGAGGCCAUCAUGGGCAUCUGGAAUCAGCUCUACAUCAACAUCAAGAGCCUCAUCUCCUGGCAGUACUGUGUUAAAGACAUCAACCACAUUAACUCUCUCACCCUCACCAUGCUGUCCCAGAUGCGUCCUGAGGAGUACCGUAACAUCAUAAAGAGUCUGGAGACUCACUACCAGGAGUUUCUCCGCAGCAGCCAAGGCUCCGAGAUGUUUGGAGAGGAUGAGAAGAAGAAGAUGGAGGGCCAGUAUUCUGGAGCCCAGACCCACUACGACACACUGGUCAUAGGGCUGCCUACAUACAAUCAAUCCAAAGUGGACGUGGUCAAGCAGGAGGUGGUCAAGCUGGUGGUCCAGCAUGAGCCGCCCAUCAAGGCGGAGACAACCAAUACCUUGCAGAGCUCUACCCUCAGCCUGACCCUGCUUAGUGACCUCCACGCCCUCAGACGCAGGCUGGAGCUGGCCGAGUCCGGCCUUAGCCACCACCUCCAUGUGCCCCUGGGGGAGAACAGUGUGCAGGAGUGCUCACAGCGUCUCCUAAAGCUGGAGGGCAUACGCCAUAAUCUGGACGGGGUGCGUGAUGAGUACCUGAGGCUAAGGGAGAGGGUCCUCAGGCAGCUGGAAGGGACAGCAGCAGACUCAGAGCAGGCCAAGUUCCUCAGGAAAGAGCUGGACCUCCUCAACCAGAAACUGGGAGAUCUGCAGGGACUAUCCUCUGCCUACCUCCAGAGACUGUCAUAUCUGCGGAACUUGCUCCAGAGCCUCCUCCAGGCUGAGGAUGUCAUCAAGGUCCACGAGGCCCGUCUGACUGAGAAGGAGACCACCUCCCUGGAUCUCAACGAGGUGGAGCACUACAGAUCCUCCCUCAAGCAAAUGAAGUCUGAACUGGAACAUAAGAGAGACUUGCUGAAGGCCAUGGAGAGUGACCUGGUCAAUGCAGUGCACGUGAACAGUCAGAUCUCCGCCUCCUUCCACAAGUGUGAUGUGGACCUGUCCAAGUACGCUGACCUGGUGGGUCAGAUGUCUGACCGCUGGCGACGCAUCCAGACCCAGAUUGACAGCAGAGUGUGGGACCUGGAGAAGCAGGAGAAACAGCUAAGACAUUUCCAGCAGAGCAGUGGAGUGUUAGACCAGUGGAUAGACAAUGCUAAACAGCGCCAGGACACCCUGCAGGCAGCCAAGUUCAGCGACAUCCAGAACCUCAUGGAGCACCUCAACAGACAGAAGGUGCUGCACAGUGAGAUCAAAGGGAAGAAGGAGAAGGUGGAGGUUGUACAGAAGGAUGCAAACACCUGCGCUGCCUCCAUCAAGGACUAUGAGCUGCAGUUGGCCUCCUACAGUGCUGGACUGGAGACCCUGCUGAACAUCCCCAUUAAGAGAACCGUGCUCCAGUCCCCUGCCACUGUGGUCAGAGAAGAGGCAACUGACCUCCAGUCUCGCUACAUUGAGCUCCUGACCCGCUCCAGUGAUUAUUACAAGUUCCUGGGGGAGAUGUUGAAAAACAUGGAGGAACUGAAGAUAAGGAACACCAAGAUCGAGCUUCUGGAGGAGGAGCUGAGGCGUCUGAAGGAUAACAUCCAGGACCACUGCGAGAAGAACCGUUCCUUACAGGAUGCCCUGUCCAGCUAUAAGCUAGAGCUCUCACAGUCUCAAGAACAGCUCAUCUCCAUGGAGGAGGUGAAGAGGACCACAGCCAUGCAGGCCAGCGUGGCAAGGGAGAGCCUGGACACCACCAGCAGCCAGCUGACUGAGCUCAGUGACAAGCUGGCCCGCCUCACCUACCAGCUGGAUGAGGAGAAGAGGAAGAGGAGGCUGGCCGAGGAGCGCUAUACGAGCCAGCAGGAAGAGUACGAGGCAGCCGUGCGCCGGCGCCAGAAGGAGCUGGACGAGGUCAACUGGUCCAAGAUUGACCUGGAGAAAGCGGUGAAGGACAAGGAGCGUGAGCUGGAGAGGCUCAGGAUGCAGCUGGAAGAGGAGGCCACAAGGAGGCGCGGGGCGGAACAGGAUAUCUCUAAGGUAAGAACGCAGUGCAACCAGGAGAUUAGUAACCUUAAGCUAAACUAUGAGUCGGAGAUACGUGUCACCAAGACCACCAUCCUCAAGGCUUCUCAGCAGAAACAAGAGGACAUGGCCGAGCUCAAACUGCAGUGUGAAAGACUAGAAGCUGAUAAGAGUGAUCUUGAAGAGGAGCUGAGGAGUUUGAGACUAUCUGUGACUCAGACUGAGGAUAUGAGGAGGAAGGCAGAGGAGGAGGCCCACCAGCAGAGGUCUAAGGGGACGGAGGAGUCGAGGAGGAGGAGAGAGCUGGAGAUACAGCUCCAGACCCUGGUCACCCAGAGAGGAGAAGAGGAGCUAAGGCAGAAAGAAGCAUUGGCCGAGGCCAUCAAGAGCAGCCAUGAAAAGAGCAGGCAGAUCAGCCUGCUCACAUACAACCUAGAUGAGGAGGGCAAGUGUAGGAGUGCCCUGGAGAUAGAGGUCAUCAAGCUGAGGCAGUCCUACACUGAGCUGCAGACCAGUAAGACCACCUCUCGGGAGGUCAUCAACAAGCUCAAAAGCUCAGAACAGGAGAUACACCUGGUCCGAGUGGAGCUCAAAAAGCAGACCAAUGAGAGGACCAAGGCUGAGAUGACGUCCGCCAGUCUUCAGAGCCGCAUCCGGGACGUGCAGGUCAUGGUGAACAGUCUAGAAGCGGAGGUGGAAAAGCAGAAGAGAACCACCCAGGAUGAGUUCACCCGCAGGAAGAGGAUAGAGUCUGAGCUGAAGAAGAUGACGCAGAGCUGCAGAGAACACACCGCCACCAUCAACACCCUCCAGGCCAGGCAGGAAGAGGUGUCCACCUCAGAAAGGAAGUAUGAUCAGGAGCUCCGGCCUCUCCAGGAGGCUCUGGACAAGAGCUUGCGUGUGCACACAGCUACCACAGAUCGCCUGGGUCAGGUAUCCGCAGAGCUAAAGGCACUCCAACAGCAGCUCCUACAGGCGCAUGCGAAGGUCCGUGAGGUCAAUCUCCGCAACGAGAGCCUCUACAAAACCAUUGAGGAGAAGAGCCGGCUGCUCAAUGAUGCCACCACAGAAAUCGAGAAACUCCAGUGCCUGACCCAGAAGCUGACCAAGGAGAGGCUGAGGCUGGAGGAGGAAAUGAGAGGAGUAAAGCAGGAGAAAGAACAACUGAAACUUGACAGAGAUACAUCCCAGAUCUCUUCCCUGCAUGUCCAGCUCCAGAGCAGCAGCAAGAUGACACUGGAACUUCAAGCGCUCAUCAAGGACAUGACCAAGGAGAGGGAAAAACUCAAAUCGGAUUUAGACAAAGUCCAAAAGCAAUCAUUUGAGACCUCCAUGAUGGUGCAGCAGUCUCAGAACCACUACACUGAGAUCCUGUCUGAGAGGGACACCCUUCUGAUCAAGUUGAAGCAGCUGGAACAGGAUAAGACUCGCCAGGGUCGCUAUGAAGAGGAACUGAACCGCGUCAAGGUCUCCCUUGAGACUGAGCUCCGCAACAAACAGCGUCUCCAGGAAGAAAGAGACAAGAUCCACAAGGACUUUACUUACUGGAAGAGCCAGUAUGAACUGAAGGAGGGGCAGAUGAGGCAAUGUGACUCAGACAAGGACAAGAUGGAGAGGGAGAGGCUCUCCCUGAAGAGCGAUUUGGAGCGUAUGAUGGUGGAGCUGAGGACUGUGGAGGAGAGGUAUAAGGGCAGGCUGCAAAGCUCACAGGGGGAAGUGUCGGAUCUGGCCCUGAAGAGAGAUUCCCUGGAGAGGGAGCUAAGGAGGCUGCAGCAGAGGCCUGACUCCAUGAGCAUCCAGACCCAGACGGACGAGAAAGUGGUCACUGUGGAUCCGUCCAAGCUGGUGUUCGAUGGGGUUCGCCGAAAGGUCACCGCCCACCAGCUGUGUGAUUGUGGCAUCAUAAGCAAGGCCACACUGGAGCAGUUGCUGAAGGGAAAGAGGACCGUGGAGGAUGUGGCCGUCGACAUCCAGCUCAGCCUAAAGGGAACAGGCGUCAUUGCAGGGAUGGUCAGAGGCCCCCACGGCAGGAUGUCCAUCACUGAGGCCAAGACCAAGAACCUGCUCAGCCAAGAGAGUGCCAUCAUGCUACUGGAGGCCCAAGCUGCCACCGGCCACAUCAUGGACCCCAAAUUCAACGAGAAGAUGUCAGUUGAUGCUGCCUGCUCCAGAGGGGUGGUGGACACAGACGAUAGAGACACCCUGAUGACAGCUGAAGCAGCCGGCACAGGCUUCAAGGACCCAUACACCGGAAAGCUGCUGUCCAUCGGACAGGCUCUAAAGCAAAACCGUCUGGACAAGAAGACAGCCCUCCGUUUGCUGCAGGCUCAGGAGUCCGUUGGCGGCAUCCUGGACCCCGUUCUGAGCGUGUUCCUGCCUAAAGACCUUGCGCUUGAUCGCAACCUGAUCGACGAAGACCUCUACAGGGCUCUGAACAAGAAACCUGCCUGCUAUCUGGACCCAAUCACCGAGGAGAAGAUCAGCUACAGUGAUCUGAGGCUGAAGUGUAGGAUGGAGCCCGCCUCUGGCCUGCUGCUCCUUCCAGUCCCAGAGAAGACCAUGACCGUGCAGGGUCUCAGGGGAGAGGUGUCUGUCACAGAGCUGAUCAACUCCAACCUGCUGUCUGAGACCGAUGUGCAAAAGCUGAACCAGGGAAAGCUCAGCAGCAAGGAAAUUGAGGACAAGCUCAAGAACUACCUGCAUGGUUCUACCUGUAUUGCGGGGAUCUAUGAUGAGGCAAACAACAGGAUCAUGACCAUCUACCAGGCCAUGAAGGAAGGUCUGCUCAGACGAGGAACCACCCUGGAACUUCUGGAAGCCCAGGCUGCCUCCGGCUUUGUGAUCGACCCUAUCAACAAUGUCUGCAUGAAUGUAGAGGAGGCCUGGAAGAGAGGCCUUGUGGGCAAAGAGUUCAAAGACAAGCUGAUGUCUGCAGAGAAAGCAGUCACUGGAUACAAAGACCCCCACACUGGCAACACCAUCUCCCUCUUCCAAGCCAUCGAGAAGGAUCUGAUUGAGAAGGGCCAUGGGAUCAGGCUUCUAGAGGCUCAGAUCGCCAGUGGUGGCAUCAUCGACCCCAAGGAGAGCCACCGUAUCGAUGUAGACAUUGCCUACAAGAGGGGCUACUUUGAUGAAGAAAUGAAUGAGAUCCUGACCUACGAAGGAGACGACACCAAGGGCUUCUUUGACCCCAACACCCAGGAGAACCUGACCUAUCUGCAGCUGAAGGAGAGGUGUAUCACCGACCCCAAGACUGGUCUGGUUCUUCUGCCUUUGAGGGACAAGACCAAUCCUCAGCAGAUGGUUCAGCAGAGCAGCCAGAAGAACAUCCUGCGUAAGAGGAGGGUAGUGAUCGUAGACCCUGACACUGGAAAAGAGAUGACCGUGAGGGAAGCCUACCAUAAAGAGCUCAUCGACUAUGACACCUUUCUGGAUCUCUCAGAGCAGGAGUGUGAGUGGGAGGAGAUCACCAUCAGAGCUUCUGAUGGUUCAGCCCGUAUGGUUGUGGUGGACAGGAAGACAGGUGCACAGUAUGACAUCCAGGACUCCCUGGACCGCGGCAUCAUCGACCAGACCUCCCUAGAUCAGUAUCGUUUAGGAACCCUGACUCUGACCAAGUUUGCCGACCUCAUCACCAGCAAGAGCAGCCUGAGUGAGCUGUCAAUCACCGCCAGCAACAUGGAAGAUGUGGCCACCUGCACCAGUCCCACCCAGGCCUGCCCUUCUUCCCCCACCGUCCGCAAGCGCUUCAACAGCAUAUCCAUCACCUUCUCCCCAACAGCUGAGUUUGAUGAAGGGAGCCCCAUAGCGGCCAUCUUUGACAUGGAGACAAUGGAGAAGAUCACCAUCCCAGAGGCUCUACGGAGAGGCAUAGUUGAUGCCAUUACAGCUCAGAAGCUUUUGGAGGCCCAGGCCUGUACUGGAGGCAUCAUCAACCCCACCAAUGGCCAGCGGCUUAACCUGCAGGAUGCCGUCCACCAAGGCCUCAUCGAUGAUGACAUGGCCACCAAGCUGAAGCCAGCCCAGAAAGCCUUCAUGGGCUUCGAGGAUGUGAAGACUAAGAGGAAGAUGUCUGUGGUCGAGGCCAUGAAGGAGGAAUGGCUGCCUUACGAGGCUGGCACAAGGUUCAUGGAGUUCCAGUAUCUGACAGGAGGGCUUUUAGAACCCGGCAAGGGACAGAAGACCAGCAUUGAGACGGCCAUCCGGAGGGGCUGGCUGGAUGGGAAAGGAGCACAGAAGCUUCAGGACACAAGGAGCCAUACCAAGAACCUGACCUGCCCCAAGACCAAGCUGAAGAUCUCCUACAAAGAGGCCAUGGACAGCUGCAUGGUGGAGGAAGGCAAUGGCAUGAAGAUGCUCCAGGCUUCCUCCAUGUCCAGCAAGGGCAUUAGCAGCCCUUACAACGUGUCCAACCCAGGCUCCCGUUCGGGCUCCAGGGCUGGCUCACUGGCCACCUCUCGUACUGGGUCCAGGAGUGGCUCCCGCAGGGGCAGUGUGGAUUACUCCUCCAGCUACAGCACCUUCACCAGUUCUGCCUCCAACACCUUAAGCGUCAACUCAAAGUUCUAAUAUUAAAACACACAUAUGGGGAAGGAGGGUGUGGAGUAGUUGUUUUUGGGUCUGAAAAUUAAAGCCUGGUCUUACCCAAGCCCGAUGAGCUGAAGCCCGAGCUCAGGCCCGGUCCGACAUCAUAGAAAUGUUAUGAACCCAAACCCCCCAAAAAAGCUAGAUUUCUAGAAGACAUCAUAUUGAUUUAAACUGAGAACGAUGCGGCGGAAGCGGUAGGCAGCGGAGUGAGGAGACGUGGAAACAGCCCUUGUCUUAGAAAAGCGAGAAGAGAGAGGAAAACUCACCUUAGGCCUAGUUAUGAUCAACUGAAUUACGAAAAUAUUGGAAUUAAGUAUGCUAUAGGCUAAUGCAAUUGAAGGCAUGUAUCACAUUUUUGCUUAUGGAAACUCCCAAAGUCAUAUCCAACCGUUAGCCUAUAAUACAUUUAAAGCAGUAGCCAUGGGUGGUCAACCUUGAUGAUAUUUUCAGCACCGUUUUGAUUGGGACAGUGCCUUCGCGCUGCUUUUAGACAAGCGUGGGGGUUUGUUUUCACUGAAUCACCGUUUGGAUAUGUGUUUACAAUUAGGCUGGGAAAAUGUUAGCUAAGUUGAGGUGAGUGCUCAUGAGCCUGUUAUAUAGCUUAACAUGUGGAUUUUACUCUUCACUCCCAUAGUUACCUAAACCUUGUGACUUGUCUGAUAAUCAAUCAAUGUUAUUUUGUUUCACUGAGUCUGUAUAAUUGGUUGAUCUCUGGCUGGGCAAAUAAGUGGAGGUGGUAGCUCAUUUAUUAGUUUGCUCAUCUUGUCACCGAUCAGCAACAUUUUGCAUGCAAUAAUGUAGCCUAAAUCAAGUUCAUAUUUUGCACUUGACUCUGUAUAGGCAACUCCAAAAGCCUGCAGAGGUUAUAGAAAUAUGAACACGAGACUCACAUGCUUUUGAAAAUAUUGGUUGCUAUUAUUUUCUAUUGGUAUCAUGAUGAAUGAACUAAGUGUUAUCAUUAUUAUUAUUAUCAUCAUCAUUAUCAGGCCUGGUAGGCUGUAGUAAACGUAUAUAAUCUAUUCACCAUCGAGAUGAGAGCACAUCCUGCUUUAGCUGUUUUAGCGAAAUUUACAUCAAUAUUUAAUCUCAGUCAUUCAUUCAUGUCAUUACACAGCAUACAAGUCACUCAUGGCCUUAAAUACAAUCAGGCAUUUUAUUUUGAAAAUGAAAUAACAAAGGGAGCCUUGAAUAAUUAAACAAUAAGUCUAGAAAUUAAACCAUUUUUAAUCUAACACCUGUUUGGCACACAAAUGCGCACGCAGGGCUCGGUCCUACCCUCCCUGUUCUCCUUCAUCAUUAAGCCUAGUAGAGGGAGGGGGAGAGAGAUUUUUAGAGAGAGAGCAGUAGUAGAAGCAAAGGUACGCUAGUAUUCACGAAGACAAUCACGGUCCAAAAAUGUAUUUUACACAGUGCGGCAAAUCUGAACCCCAUCCGGCCCGAAUAAAUUCUCCGAACUCCAUGUCCAGCGGUCGGGUUUGGGCUGAAAAUGACAACUCUAGUGUGGAGUAGAUGGGGGUAGAUGUGAUGUGGCACAUUUGUUAUGGUUGAGGAGAGGGAAAGUGGGUUAGAUGGGGUGCAAUUUGUGAUGUGGUAUAUCUUUCAUUGAUUGGGUCGGGUUUGGGCUGAAAAUGGCAACUCUAGUGUAGAGUAGAUGGGGGUAGAUGUGAUGUAGCACAUUUGCUAUGGUUGAGGAGAGGGAAAGUGGGUUAGAUAGGGUAGAAUUUGUGAUGUGGUAUAUCUUUCAUUGAUUGAUUGUGUUUAGUUUGGUUUGUUCUGUUAGCUAAAUCUGGUUUGGGGGUAUAAAGGUUGAACAUAUUCAACCAUUUGAUGGAUAACAGUUUGUUAGAAUGAAAUCUAAAAUCCAUGUAGAUGUUUAGAUUUUUUUUUAACUUGAAAAUAAAUGUAGUAUUGAAAUAUAUAACAUUUUACCAAAUGUUUUGUUGUUAUGUAAAGGGAAUAUCUUACUGCUUCAAUGUCCUUGACUCACAGCAUCUAACCUACAAUGUCUACAAUAUUAAUUUAUCUGACUUUUAAUUUUGCUUUUAUAUCACUCAAUCACUGGCAAACAUUUGCUGAUCUGAUUUUGGUUUUCAAGCAAUCCUUUGAAGUAACAAUGAAUGUACUUGACAAUGACUUACGCCUUACAACACAAUGUCCCAAUGGUACUGAAUUACAAAACAAGUAAUAAACCAUUAUGAAUAGAUUUUAUGUAAUGAUAUAUUUUGUAUUCCAAACAAUUGAAAAAUAAAAGUUAAUUUCCCAA